AUGGGAAAUCAAGAAAUCUCACCUGAUGUUACAUCACCAGAUUUAUGUAAGCAAGAUGCUGUCUAUAGUGCACUGCGUGCUCAAAUUUCCCACCAGGUUGCAGCAGAGAUCGGCAGGGAUGAAUUAAUUCAACGAAUUAAUUUGCAGAACUUACGAAAUCGAGAAAAGCUCUGUUUGGUUUUGGACUUGGACCAGACUCUUCUUCACACCAAACCUCUACACAAACUUUCCCCCGAAGAAAUAACUGGUUUGUGUAAUUCUACCCGAAAGAAAGAUUUACGUAGAUGGAAAGCCAUGGGCGUUGAGUAUUUGACAAAGUUAAGGCCUUAUGUGAGGAAAUUCUUGCGAGAGGCUAGUAAGUUGUUUCAUAUGUAUGUGUACACGAAUGGAUCACGCGAUUAUGCUAGGAUCAUGGUUGGCUUUCUUGACCCUCACGGCGUUUACUUCGGCUCAAGAGUUUUAUCCAAGGAGGAUUCUACUGUAAAAGGCCAGAAGGGACUUGAUGUUGUGCAUGUGAAUAAAAGUGGAGUUCUUAUACUUGAUGAUACCGAGAAUGUAUGGGCAAGAGAUCGAAGUAACCUUGUGUUGAUAAAACCGUAUGAUUAUUUUGCCCCAAAAGAGCCUGAUGGCACUAGAUCAUUAUCUGAAGAGGGUAUGGAUGAAAGUGGAAGUGCAGGACCCCUGAGUUGUGCAUUGUGGCUCCUAAAAGGAAUGCAAAAGUCGUAUUUUGAGAACUACUACAAGGUUGAGGAAGAGCUUCGGGGAACUUUACUGGAGGACAAUGGGAUUCAUGAAGAGAAGCUGCAAGAAGUGAUGAAAGAAAGCUAUUCGUGGGAUUUGGGAUCUUCAAAGCGAUUGAGGGUUAGUGAUGAAUGUUCAUCACUGGAUUUUACCAAAAGGCAAAGAUGUUAA